AUGCAGGCUUUAAUAUUCGCUGUGGAGGAGAUUAACUCAAACCCUGAGCUCCUUCCCAACAUCACUUUGGGUUAUGAGGUCGUCGACACCUGCUAUACUUUACGGCGAGCAGCACAAGGAACUCUUUCAAUGCUGUCAAGAGGAACAGAGAGCACCCCAAAUUAUAACUGUCACCAAGGGACUCGUCUUGCUGGUGUUGUUGGAGACUCAGGAUCCACACGGUCUAUUCUUAUGGCCCAAAUCCUGGGGCUGUACCAGUAUCCACAGAUCAGUUAUUUUGCAACCAGCCUCGUUCUAAGUGAUCGGAAUCUGUUCCCUUCCUUUUUCCGUACGGUACCUAGUGAUGAGUUUCAGAUGAGGGGUCUGGCCCAACUGGUUUCUCAUUUUGGUUGGUCUUGGGUUGGUCUCCUGGCCAAUGAUAAUGACUAUGGUCAAUAUGGACUUCAGAUAGCAAUGCAGGAAAUUAUAAAUAGUGGUGCCUGUGUGGCCUUCACUGAGAAUAUACUGACCGGCCGACCCAAUAGGAAUGCUCCUCGGCUUGCACAGGUCAUUAAAGAAUCAACUGCAAAGGUUGUGAUUGCGAUUACCGGUGAUUCUGAUUGGGUGAUUGUGUUGGAAGAGCUGUUGAGGCAGAAUGUGACUGGAAAGAUUUGGAUUGCGACUGAAUCAUGGGCAACUUCAGAUUUACUCACUAAUGAACGAUUCCAAGGGAUUUUGUUGGGCGCCAUUGGUUUCGCGAUCUACAGUGGGCAGAUGCCAAGGUUUAGUGAGUAUCUAAACAGCCUCCAUCCAUCAAAUGAUCUUUAUGAUCCAUUUAUAAAGGAAUUCUGGGAACAAGCCUUCUCUUGUAAGUGGCCCAGUCAGAAAAAUGUUUCCCUGGUGGACAAUGUCAGAGAACAAACCUGUACAGGGAAUGAAAGGCUGGAGAGUGUAUUAACUAAAGUAGAUCGGCGAGUGUCUGGCAAUGUCUACACUGCUGUCUAUGCCAUUGCCUGGGCCCUACAUAAUCUGCUUAACUGCACAGCCGGAGUUGGGCCAUUCCAUCAUGGCGCCUGUGCCAACAUUUCAUCAUUUCACCCUUCGCAUCUUCUCCAAUAUAUUAAAAAAGUGAACUUCAAUACCCCGGCUGGGAAUCGAGUAUUUUUCAAUGAAAGUGGGAACCCUCCAGCCAUCUAUGAUAUUGUGAAUUGGCAUCUGACUUCCCAGGGCUCCCUGGGGCAAAUCACAGUUGGAAAAUAUGACUUGAGUGCGCCCAAUGGGAAACGUUUAUAUAUAGAUAAUGGUGUGAUUAACUGGGCCAGCAAAACCCAGAUUCCUCCUUCCAAGUGCAGCCCAAGUUGUCCUUCAGGAUUUAGGAAGGUGAUUGUACCAGGAAAGCCUCCUUGUUGCUAUGAGUGUGCCCGGUGUCCCCAGGGGCAGAUAUCCAAUCAAACAGAUGCCUUGGAUUGCCAUCCAUGUUCCUGGGACAUGUGGCCCAAUCUACAGCAGGACAGAUGCCUACCAAGAAUUACAGAGUUCCUUUCCUAUGAAAAUCCUUUGGGUUACAGCUUAGCAGCCAUUUCCAUGUUGUCCUCCAUGAUCCCUCUUGUAAUUUUGGGAAUUUUUAUUCAUUAUAAAAAUACACCAAUUGUAAAAGCCAACAACUAUUCUCUUAGUUAUCUUCUCCUGCUUUCCCUGUUCCUCUGUUUCCUUUGCUCUUUAGGGUUCAUUGGUUACCCACAACCUGAAAAGUGCCUUCUGCGCCAGGUGGCAUUUGGGAUGGUUUUUGCCCUCUGCAUCUCCUGUGUUCUGGCCAAAACCAUCACUGUUGUCAUUGCCUUUAAUGCAACCAAACCCGGCAGCAGGUUAAGAAAGUGGACAGGGGUGAAGGUCUCCUACUGUGUCAUUAUGCUUUGUGCCUUGAUUCAGAUAAUUGACUGUGCACUUUGGCUUAUCUUCUCUCCUCCCUUCCAUGAACUUGACACUGACACCAAGCCUGGAGUCAUCAUAGUUUAUUGCAAUGAAGGAUCACCCACUGCUUUCUGGUGCAUGCUGGGAUACCUUGGACUCUUGGCCUCCAUCAGUUUCAUUGUUGCCUUCCUGGCCAGACGCCUCCCUGACAGUUUCAAUGAAGCCAAAUUGAUCACAUUCAGUAUGUUGGCUUUCCUCAGUUUGUGGGUGUCCUUUAUCCCAGCCUAUCUCAGUGCCCGGGGCAUGUAUACUGUGGCAAUGGAGGUCUUUGCCAUCCUGUCUUCCAGUUGGGCUGUGGUGGGCUGUAUCUUUGUGCCAAAAUGUUUCAUUAUAUUAUUCAGACCCAACCUGAACUCCAGAGAGAAUCUUAUAGGGAAAAGGACAUAA